UACGGAACCGCGUUCAUUUUGAAUCCGAGGCCGACACAGACGCUAUCGGUAUUCACUUUGGCUGCCUUGUGGGAUGUUGUUGAAACUGCAGGUUUAAAUACGCAUGUAGUUGGAGUACGAGACAGGCGUUGGAUUUUUCCUCACUUUACUAGCCUCACCUGAUCGUAAUCUGCCGUCUGCACAUAAUGUCGCGUUACACUGUUGCCCUGAAUAACUACUACCAAUCCCGCCAAAGAACUCACCUUGUCAGUUGGGUUGAGUUCUCGUCUGGACCGCCGCAUGCUCUCUCAUGGACAACAACUUGUAAAGUGGCGGGCGAAACCGUCAGUACUGCCACUGAUAACCACAAAGCCGCCGCCAAAGAGAAAGCGGCGCAGAUUGCUUGUGAAAAAUUGGGCAUUAAUGUUUCUACUUGACGCUACAUACAACGGCUUGCCUCUAUGCUUAGAACAUUCGUCUGGGUUUAUAACACAACGAAAAAGACCUACUCUGUUCGUUUUCGAGAGGUGUACUUGAUGUUAUAUUUUUGACAACA